UCAUUGGGUUGUCCGUAGACUUAACUAGUGCAGUCUCGACAUGUUUUGGUUACACAUCACCAGGACAGAGUAACUUUAAUCCUGCCAGAAAGUGCUCAUGCUAGCAUGUUUUAUAACGUCACGUGCCAUGUACCCACGGCCUGUAUUACUACCAGUACACGGAGUGUGAAUUAUACCUAAAUCAUCUACUUAUUCUACAAUACUCGAAAAAUAAUUGUGUACCGGUAUUUUGAUUGCAUUUAUUGUUUGAGCAAGAAUUAAGUAGAAAUACCAAAAUGGGAGAUAAUUUUGGUUACACGUACCGCACGCCAAGAGCAAGCUUUGUAUUCAAAAUGCGACAGAUAUUGUCCCAUGUCACUGAUGUGUUUAGUGAAUUUAGUCGGUUUAUUGCUCCAGCUUAUCACCAUGACAGAUGUGAAAGAUCAGUCCAGAUGCGGCUCUACACAAUGCACAAGAGAGAAUUUGUUAUGGUGUUCAUUGUGUUCUUUGCUACACUUGGCUUAGCACUCUUUAUUGGGUUGGCAGGUCCACCCAUCACAGCCACUGCAGAACAGAGGGCUUCACAACUAACACCAGCAAUCAACCAAACCCAGCUAACCUCAGGGCCCUUCCUUAUGAAGUCUCCACCUCUCUCUACCUAUGCCCAGCAGCUCUGGCUAAUAGCAAAAAUCAUUAUUGAUAUAAAAGAUGAACAAUCAUUCCGGAAAGAGUUUCACCUUAGUGUAUCCAUUGAAGGUCUCACCAGAGAACACAAGAUUGAGAUUGCCCUUGCUUCUGAACAUCCCCAUAACAGGAGUCGAACCCUAGAGUGUGACCAGAGAGAGUGUGGGGAAGUGACGGUGAUGCACUUGGGCUACCUCCGCUACACCCACUAUGUCAUCACCAUUAAUUUCUAUGGCCUUGGGGAUAUUCAGCAGUGGUACAGCGUCCAGGAUGUUGUCUUCUAUUUUAAGACGUACAAUCCCACAUUCACCAAGUUGGAGAUCUGGUUCCGGUUCAUCUUCCUGCUGAUCACAUUUGCCGUGGCUUGCUGGUUGGCCCACAGUCUGCGGAAGUAUGCAGUGUAUGAUUGGUCCAUCGAACAGAAAUGGAUGUCUCUGCUUCUUCCACUUCUUUUGUUAUAUAACGACCCAGUGUUUCCAAUGACCUUCCUGAUGGAGUCAUGGGUGCCAGCACUUGUGGACACAAUGUUCCAAGCCUCUUUCUUGUGUGCCCUUCUGCUCUUUUGGCUCUGUGUUUACCAUGGUCUAAGACAGAAUGAGCGUUCGUUUUUGUCCUUUUACUUGCCAAAGCUGUGUAUUGUUGGAUUGUUGUGGCUGACAGCAGUUAUAAUGGCAGGAUUACAGAAAUACAAUGAACUUCAAGAUCCUCUGUACUCUGCUGCUAUAGAAACUAAUCACUUUCAGAAAUUCAAGAUAUUUUUCUUCAUAAUUGGGUCAUUUUAUGUGCUGUAUCUGGCAUAUCUGAUCAUCACAGCCUACAGUGAACUAAGAGCUAUGCCAUAUUUUGACUUGCGACUCAAGUUUGUGACGCUGCUGAUGUUCGUCGUGUUGUGCGUUACCAUCACCAUCACCAUCUUGAAGUUUGGUGUUGGAGUUCUCGAGGAUAACUUCGUGGCUGAGCUGUCCACGCAUUAUGACUCCUCCGCACAAUUCAUGGCAUUCUAUGGUCUUCUUAACCUUUAUCUCUACACGAUGGCUUAUGUUUAUUCUCCAUCAGAGAGAGCUUUACUGGAAACGCACAUAAUAAAGGAUAAUCCAGCAUUUAGUAUGGUGAAUGACUCAGACGAGGAUGUGAUAUACGGUUCAGAUGAUGACACCAGGAGGCCCUUAAAUAGAGGCAGUAAUGACAACGAUGAAAGUGAUUAAGGAAAGUUGAAGGUAGUGUAAAUUGUCCUCAUUUGAUAUAAGAGAGUGAGCGAGUGAGGAGCAGGAGGCACACAGUACUGUACAGUACAAUAUUGCAUCAGGUCAUAAAACAUCCAGCAAGAGAUGGAUAGUUUGGGGAAUAUUUCUCAGCCAUAUAGCUACAUAUAUGUUGGAUAUAGCUGUUUAUUUAUGGAAAAGUUUAAAUAUUUUAAUGAAAAACUAAAAAAUACUAAAAAGCAAAGUAUUUUAAUGGAACAGACUGGUAAUCAAUAAAGAUUUAACAGAUUUCUUAUUUGAAUUUACAUACUGUGUUUGUUUUGUGAAUUUCAAACUCUAGUUGUGGGUAAAUUGACCUUUUGAUUGGUUUCAUGGUUACCCUGGCCUUUUAUUUUUUUUGCUAAGUAUUUUCUUGUACAUAAAAUAUUGUUAAAUCUUUCAAAAUACAGUAAUCAAAUUUUCCCUUACAAUACAGUAUUGAGAUUUCAUGAAUGGCAGAGUUUUAGUGUUUGCUCUGUUGCAAAGUGUGUCACAAUGAUGAUCACUGAUCAGCCAUGGUAAAGGUUGACACCACUGUGUUCGGUCUUAUGAUACCGGAGGAUUUUACACGACGAAGAACUGAAUACAGUAUAUGUGCUCUUCUGUGCCCAAUUCUCUGCCAGGUCUUUACAUGACUGAAACGUAUGUAUGUGUGCAAUAUUAUACCCAAUCUGUUUGGGUUUCUAUUAGACCUUAAGAGUAUCUGUGUAUUACUGUGUCCAGUCUUUUGAUGCUUAGCCUGAUGAUUUUGGUAAAUAAGAUACAGUAUCUCAUUUUAGAUCUAAAUGAUUAUUUUUUACUCAUCAGGUGAUUGUCAUGUGUCUUAUUUUAUACUUUUUAUGCAGGUGAACUUGUUCAUUUGUGUUAAUGUCUAUGCCGAUAGUUGUGUGUGUCAUGAUGAUAUGUCUCUAUUUGUUAAGUAAAUGAUAUUAAUAUUGUUGUAAAAAUAUUAAAUAUAAUACUUCACGAGAAAAGUAAGCUCCUUUACAGCAAUUUGUGGCUUCCCACUGAAAUAGAUUUAUAAUUCAUUUAUAUGUAUGCUAUAGCUACUAAUGAAGUUUUAAUGGUUGUUAAAUUUGGGAAAUAAAGUACAGGAAAUCAUUCAGUAACUGUCAGUACUUACAUGGUGUACACCCUGGCACCAGUGAGAUCAUAAAUAGGAAAGUCUGCAAAUGAUUCUCCUGUGUCUGAAUGUCCCAAGGAAAUCUUUGAUUGUGAAGGUAUUUGCUUGAUUAGGCUUGAAAAUAGAUCUUCUUAAUAUUUUACCUGAAUGAGUGAUGGCAAAUCUGUGAAUAGAUUAGGCAGGUUCUUAUACUUACUUACUUGACUACCUACUCCCUGACAGGUAAAGUCUUGUAUCUAUCUUUUUCUGUUGACAGCUAAGUUAGGGGAGCAGUUGCACUUAAGGAUAUUUGUGAGGGAUUCUGUUUAUAUGUGACAAGGUCCUUAAUCUUUCUCUUCUACCCUUUCAGUUCCUUCUUACAAUGACAGAAAAUAUGAAAGACCCAUUUUUUAAGGCUCAAUGCCCCAGGGGAUAUCUCUGGUUAUGUACUGUAUUACCUUGGAACUCUGGUACUAUUAGAACUGGGAAGACUAAAUUUAUAUAUUCUUCAGUUUUCUGAACAAAGUUACUGGUACUGUACUUCCCUGUGUCCUCCCGUAAUUUGAAACCAAGAAGUGUCUCUGUGAUGAGGUUUCUGAGGUAAAUUGGUGUACAGUUUAGUGAUGCAAAUCUAUUACCGGUAGGCAGAAUUUAUCUACUAGAAUUACAAGCCGUAUUUGUUAUUACAAAGAAAAAACGGGUCACAGUUCAUAAAGAGUAACUCAGUGUUCCCAUAUUAGGUUUUCUUUUAUUGUGUAACUCCCUUGGUUCUUUAAUUGUUUAUGCCUUUCUGUAUUAAAGGGAACUUUAAAUUCUUAUUGCCUUUGGAUUUUUUGUUGUAAUACCGUAUAUGAUAGCAAACAAAGAAAAGUCAUUGCCAGAGGUUGGCUUACUCCACUAUAUUUUUGCAAAUAAAUUGUGAAAGUUCGUUAAGUAUAUAUUCAGUACUGUUGUACUGGUUUAUUUGUUAAAACAGUAAUUGAUAAUAAUCACUUUGUUGAGUAGUUUACUUUACUGGUGUGUAAAUAAUGUACAGAAUAUACAAAUUCCCUAGGGAAUUAAAUAUGGAUUCCCUUAGUUAAUGUAUAUAGAUUAAUGUCAUUCAACAAUAGACAAAUCCAUUAAGUUUAGAGCAAUUGAGUUAACUCACUCUGGGGAGAAGCGAGAAGCCGAUUGUUUUGUUUACAAAUGCUGACAUUAGUUCAGGGCGAUCAGGCAACUACAGAGUGAUCUGUGCCCAGGGUUCUAGUCAUAGGUAUGUGUGGUGUUUCUAUAUAAAAGCAAGAGUGAAAUAGCAGUUUAUAUAAACUCAACAACUCAAUUGUGCUAUUACACUGUAUUUUAAAUACACUGUAUACAGUACUUUGAGUUCUUGCUAUUAAUCUUAGGUGCUUAAUACUUGUAGUUGGUUUACAUUGUAUGAGUUCACAAAGUUCUGCCAUCAACAGACCCAGAAAACAAUUUUUUAUAUGAAGAGGACAGCCAGUGGAAUGAUCAGAGUAAUGUGUUGCCUGUGGUCUGUCAGUGUUCAGUUAUGCUAUUUUUUAUUAUUGUUUCAAAUCCUCCAAUUUUCUGAGACUCCCAAAUACUGUAGCCGAUUCUCCGAUUUCCAAGGUUCUACUGUAUACAUAUUCUGCGUGAGGGUCAUGAUGUGCUAUGUACAUUGUACAUGUUCUUUUUAUAUCCACAUUAUAAUGUAAAACAGGCCAUAGGGACAGCUCUCUUGUUACUGUCUGUGUAUUCUGUCUCUUAUUUUUCCUUGGCUCCCACAUGCCUAGGUUGGAUCCAGGUAACAAAUGGUCAGGGAGAGUAAUGCACGAAAAUUGUAGAAAGUAAUAGGACAUGAGACUUUAAGUAAUAAUGUGGCUGUUUAGUUCAGUAGUUAUGCACCACUUGCUAAUAUUCCAGACAUUUUACUUUUAACCUUCAACUUUGACCUUUAACAUUGACUUACAUUUAGUGUUCUAUACAUUAUGUAAUGAUGAUUUAUACUGUAUUGAGUUGACAUUUCAUCAGAAUCUGUCAUAACAGAUAUCGACAAGAGUAAGUUAUGGGACACUUAAGACAAGCAGGCAGACACCCAGAUGGAUGAAUUGGCUCAUACCAUAAUAUAUAUUUUUUUAUCUCUCUUCAAAAAGUGAAAAAGGAGGAAGUGAUUGUUAUCUUCAAUAGACAUUUUUACAUAUGCAAAAUAUGACUGUUGUAUGGUUGUAAGUACAACACAUUUUCAUAUUUACAGUACAGUACUGUAUUCACCAUUGUUAUGGCUACUUGACAUCCCAGCCUAUUCUAGUGGGAGAACCAUCCAUUGGAUGACAAGCAGUUUAGAAUUUGUGUCAUCUAUAAAUGUCUAUAUCUGUUGUGGCACAGUUACCUAGGAUAUACAACUGUAUUGCUCAACAGGUUAAAUAAUGGGUAUUGUUAGCAGCUUUAAUCCUUUGUACAGUAUGUGAUAUUUUGAAAGUGAAGGCAGGUAGUAGAAAGUUUGAAAGCUCUCCCUGGGAAAUGUUGUGCUGUGGGAAGUAUAAUUUCUCAUGUACAUAGAUGUUAAUAUAAAGACGCCAUCAAGAAAACUCUUAUUCAUAUUCAUUACUGUGCCCCUUGGAUCUUAUUUCUUUAACAUUUUGUCUCUGUGGCAUGUGAAGAUCUCAGAUCACUCUGUUAACCACUAGAACCUGUGACAUUUGAGGAUCAUGAUACUUCAUCCACCUUUCUCUGUGGCAUUUGUGGAGCACGGAUCUUGCCGCUUGAACUACCUGCUUCCCAACAGUGCAUUGUAACAGACCAUCUGGAAUGGUCUUCUAUCAAUCCUCAGAUAAAGCAUAAUUUUAGCUUUUCAUAAGGCUAAAGAGACAUCAUAGUAGUAUACCGUAGUUGUGUAUCAUACAUUGCAUUUUUAUAUCGACUUUGGUAACACAAUGUCUCAUACAUUGUUAAUGUACUCAUAUAAAUAUAUUUUAAAGAUACUUACUAGCAGGUACAACCUGUCAUCUCUUAUUUUUUCACAGAUUUUUAUACAGUAGAAUCCACAAGUUCACAUUUCUUGGAACCAACAUGGUGGCAAUGUUAACAACUUGUUGAAGUUAUGAUCAGGUUAUAACAUAGGCUCCUAGACCCUGGGACCACAAACCCAAUAUGACAGGUACUGUACCAACAUGUCACACACAUGUGUAAAACCCAAAUUAUCAUGUACAUAAAAACUUUACACCAUGAAUACAAUAUUUAGUGCUGUAUACUAUUGACUCCAAGAGUC